GUGUGAUGACUACCAUCACAACCGGCAAUCAGCACAAAUGUCAGUCAUUUCUACAUGUUGAUGAAGAGAAUCCAAUAAUAAACAAAAGUUUUUGCUUUGGAAAUAUUAAUUCAAUUCAAUUGAAACAGCAUUUUCCCUACACUUCAAGCGCCUCCAACAAAAUAAUGUACGAGAGUUUGGGCACAUACUUAAACUGCGUCCAACGUGCCUGGUCUGCCCAAGAUGGUAGUCUUGUUGCGUCGUUCGUGUCACUCAAAGACAAACAUGUGGCGAAUCGAAGCUUGCAAAUUGAAAUGCCUGAAAAUAUGGUCGCGCGAAUGGUGGAUGCACCAAUCGAUGAGAUUGUCAUUGCUCAUUUGAAGGUGCUGUACUACUUAACAUGCGAACCCAAAAACUACAUGGCCGCCUACAAAAGCCAGACAAUGUGUGCCAAGGCAGUUGUUGAAAUUCUAAAACAAUUGAAGGAGGAGAAUUGGUGUCUGCCCAUUAUGUAUGUGAUAUGUUUGGACUUGAGGUUAUUGGCACAGCGUUGCGAAGGUGUUGGUAAUACCUCGAAGCCUGGUGAGAUAUUAGAAAGUGCUGCAGAAUGUUUGAUGGCAUGCUUUCGGGUGUGCGCCGUGGACAACAGAUCAUCCGACGAGGAUACCAAACGGUUGGGUAUGCUGAAUCUGGUGAAUCAGUUGCUGAAAAUUUAUUUUCGAAUAAACAAAUUGAAUCUGUGCAAACCGCUGAUCCGGGCCAUUGACAGUUCAGCGUACAAGGAUCAGUUUCCGCUGUCGCAGCAAAUCACCUACAAAUACUUUGUUGGACGAAAGGCUAUGUUCGAUUCGGAUUACAGAAGUGCGGACGAAUUCCUGAGCUUUGCCUUCCAGAAUUGCCACCGGAAAUUUCCGAAAAACAAAAGAUUGAUUCUGAUUUACUUGGUGCCCGUUAAAAUGCUGCUGGGCUACAUGCCGAGAAAAGAAGUUCUCGAGAGGUAUGACGUACUACAAUUCCAUGAAUUGGCCAGUGCAAUUAAGGAUGGGAAUGUUCGACGAUUCGAUGAAGUGAUUCAACGCCACGAAACGUUUUUCAUCGAGCACGGCAUUUAUUUGAUAGUCGAAAAACUGAAGACCAUCGGCUAUCGUAAUCUAUUCAAAAAGGUUUAUCUGCUCACACAAACCCAUCAAUUGGACCUGCAACAUUUCCUCUGCGCCUUGGAGUAUGUUGGCGAAACGGAUAUUUCGAUGGACGAGACGCAUUGCAUUGUAGCCAAUCUGAUUCAUGAAGGGAAAAUCAAAGGUUACAUAUCACAUCAACACAACAAGUUGGUUGUGUCCAAACAAAAUCCGUUUCCUCCACUGAUGUCGUGAUGUGUCGUUUUUGUUGGCAUUUGAAAGAUUAAAUAAAAUGGUAAGUGAACUG